GUUUCAGCUACGUCCUAGUUAAAUUUAUGAAUUGGAGUAAAUUUUUUACCUGGACGCCAGAUCACGAGGAGCAUGCGAAUGAGGAAACGACGGAAACGGAAAACGACGAGGACGUCACCGAUAGUACGGGAUCCACCGUAUCCACCGACAAAGAGUCUAAUUUCCUUGGAAUGCAUUUUCACAAGUUCUCACACAAUCAUUUAUCGCAACGAUGUAUUAAACUGGUUUUCUUAACAAUCAAUGUUGCAGUUUUUAUUGCAGGCAUUAUUGGCAUUGUAAUCUCUAUAUGGAUUUUCACUGACAAUAAAAUAAUGAUGAGACUGAUAGACCAACGCUUUUAUGUUACAACGUUGUUAUUUGCCAGUUUAAUUGGUUCAUUAGUAUCAUUAUUGGGGAUUCUCGGCGUGCUUCGAAAGAAAACGAAAUGUUUGAAAGUUUAUGGUCUGUGUUGCUUGACAUUUCUCUGCGUCAUAUUCGUUAGCGGCAUAAUGAGUUUUUGGAUUUUGGAGGAAAUCGUAAGGAGGAUUCAGAUCGACAUGAGCGCCACCAUCGAGGGAUAUCAUUCCUCUCCGUCGAGCAGAGAAGCUUGGGAUAAUACCCACAGAUACCUGAAAUGUUGUGGAAUAAAGUCCGCGAAGGACUGGCUCAAGUAUCGCGCUGAAAUUCCAACAAGCUGUUGCUCCAGAUCUAUCGAAGAAUGUUUACGAAUGACAGAAGCAGUGGCAUAUAAAUCAGGAUGCCUGAGAAACGCCGUACUAUUGCUGAAGUCUCAUAUACACACCAUUAGCUUGACCGUGCUGCUGAUUUUCCUAAUCAUAUUAGUGAGUUUCCUCCUUGUGCUCUGUAUACUUGCUAGAAUGAAGAGGCAAUUUUAAAACUGAAUAGUCGGGGCAAAACACGAGAAACGAUAUAGAAUUUUAUUUGGAAUGAGAGGCGAAGGUGAACGAGGAUCAAUGACUGUAGAUGAGAAAAUGAGAAAUUCGCUGUGAAACGUUUCCCAGCUUUUAUUAUCAUAUAUAGAUCAUAUAUUUUCUGAAAACACUUAAUAUAUUGUACUUAUGAUAGUAAUAUUACUGGACAUGCUGAUUUGGGUUUUUCUUUUCGCGACGCACGUGCACGACCACGGAAUUUGUGUUUCGGAAAAAAAGUUCUCUCUCCACGUUUCUCUAACAAAUGGAACCAUCGAUCGAUGGA